AUGUCACUUCCCAAGGAGAAGCGAGCCCAUAUAGAGGCAAAUAUGGUGGACUACCAAGAGGCUCACACUUUCUACCCAAUCGGACCCAAGCUCAUCCUCAUCACGAUUAGUUUGAUGUUGGCCGUCUUCUGCGUCGCUUUAGACAACACUAUUAUGGCUGUCGCCAUUCCACGAAUUACAGACGACUUCCAUGCGUUGAACGAUGUUGGGUGGUACGCCUCGUCAUACCUGUUGACAACUUGCUCCUUUCAAUUGCUAUACGGGAAGUUUUACACGCUGUUUCAAGUCAAAUGGGUUUAUUUGUCAGCUUUGUUCCUCUUCGAACUGGGUUCCUUGAUUUGCGGUGUUGCACCUAAUUCGACUACAUUGAUUGUUGGACGGGCCGUUGCUGGCCUGGGGAGCGCUGGCAUGUUUACUGGAGCACUGGUGACUCUUGCCCAUACGGUCGAAGUGGAGAAAAGGCCGAUCUUCUUCAGCAUGCUUGGUGGCAUGUACGGCAUUGCCUCUGUUGCCGGACCAUUGCUGGGUGGUGCUUUCACCGACCAUGCUACUUGGAGAUGGUGCUUUUACAUCAACCUUCCUCUUGGUGGCAUCACCGCGAUUGGCCUUCUCACGCUGCUCAAGUUACCUCCCAAGGAAAAGACCCAGAAGACGCCGAUGGAUAUAUUCCUUGAGUUGGAUCCAAUUGGAACCAUUAUCUUUGUUCCUGCUAUUGUCUGCCUCCUGCUAGCUCUUCAGUGGGGUGGGGUAACGUACGAAUGGUCCAGCGGCCGUAUCAUCGCUUUGUUCGUGGUCUUUGGCGUGGCCCUUAUUGCGUUCGUCGCUCUCCAGAUUUUCCUGGGCUAUAGAGCGACCGUGCCACCUGAUAUUGCUCGGCAACGGACCAUUGCAUUUGCCUCCCUUUUCGGCAUCUGUAUCGGCGGAUCAUUUUUCAUUAUGAUCUAUUACGUUCCUAUUUGGUUCCAAGCCAUUCGCGGUGUGACUGCCGUACGCUCCGGUAUCGACUCUCUUCCGAUGAUUUUGUCAAAUGUCGCUGGGAUCAUUAUUUCUGGUGCAUUGACAACUAAAUUUGGGUACAACGCACCCUUCUUUAUUGCCAGCAGUAUUAUCAUGUCGAUUGGAGCUGGUCUCAUCACCACAUUCACUGUGGAUGUUUCCCAAGCGAAAUGGGUUGGAUAUCUCUUCAUUUACGGCUUGGGAGUAGGCCUCGGAUUCCAGCAGGGUGGUGUUGCUGCUCAGGCUGUGCUCCCUUUACCAAAGGUGUCCAUCGGAACGGCAAUUGUCAUGUUCCUCCAGAUGCUUGGUGGCUCGUUGUUCGUAUCAGUUGCGCAGAACAUUUUCACCAAGGAGCUGAUUGGUAACCUCGAGGCCCUGAAAAUUCCCGACUUUUUUCCCUCUGAUGUGGUAGAUGGUGGAGCAACAAGUAUUCGAGCUCUUGUCAGUGAGUCCGUUUUGCCUGAGGUUCUUGUGGCGUAUAACAACGCCCUUCUCAAGGUUUUCCAACUCGCUCUUAUCCUAGGAUGCUUGAGCGUCAUUGGCGCUCUGGGCGUGGAAUGGAAAAACAUGAAGAAAACAAAGGCCGCUGAAUCUGGGGAGCAAUAG